AUGGCCCUCGCCGCCUACCGCCACCUCCUCCGCGCCGCCCGCACCGCCUUCGAAGGCGACACCUCCGUCCUCACCGCCGCAUCAUCCGCAGCCCGCCAAGGCUUCGAGACAAACCGCGACCUCCCGCGCGACAGCGACGUGGCACAAGAGCUCGUCAAGAACGCGGAGGAGGUCGCUACAAUGCUCAGGAAGAAUGUGGUGCAGGGGAGGCUGAAUGGGGAUGGGCGGUAUGAGUUGAGGAUUCACGACGAGAUUGAGAGGGGCGAUAAUGAGAGUAUCAAGCAGGCGCGGGAGACGCUGGGGGCGGGGGCGGGGAAGGGGAAGGGGUGUUGCUCGGCUUGA